UCCUACAGUGUUGAUGACACUGACAUUUUCUGAGUGGUCUUGAACAGCCUACUUUUUAUGUAAAUAACUGGCUAGACUUCAUAUUUUUCACUAGAGAAGCCUUUAACCUAGAGAUUUAAAAACACUGCUUUUAGCUUACUACUAUUUUUAACUUGAAAGUUCUUCCUUUCUUAUUCCAAAAUGUUGAGAUACUGGGGAGAGAUACCAAUCUCAUCAAGCCAGACCAACAGAAGUUCCUUUGAUUUGCUCCCACGGGAGUUCCGUCUCGUAGAAGUCCAUGACCCACCCCUGCACCAACCCUCAGCCAACAAGCCCAAGCCCCCCACAAUGUUGGACAUCCCCUCAGAGCCAUGCAGCCUCACCAUCCAUACUAUCCAGCUGAUCCAGCACAACCGACGUCUGCGCAAUCUCAUUGCCACCGCUCAGGCCCAGAGUCAGCAACAGACAGAAGGUGUAAAGACUGAAGACAGUGAACCUCUUCCCUCUUGCCCGGGGUCACCUCCUCUUCCUGAUGACCUCCUGCCUUUAGAUUGUAAGAAUCCCAAUGCACCAUUCCAGAUCCGGCACAGUGACCCAGAGAGUGACUUUUAUCGCGGGAGGGGGGAACCUGUGACUGAACUCAGCUGGCACUCCUGCCGGCAGCUCCUCUACCAGGCAGUGGCCACAAUCCUGGCCCACGCGGGCUUUGAGUGUGCUAACGAAAGUGUCCUGGAGACCCUCACUGAUGUCGCACAUGAGUAUUGCCUUAAAUUCACCAAGUUGCUGCGCUUCACUGUGGAUCGAGAAGCCCGGCUCGGGCAGACUCCUUUCCCUGACGUUAUGGAGCAAGUAUUCCACGAGGUGGGCAUUGGCAGCGUGCUCUCCCUCCAGAAGUUCUGGCAGCACCGCAUCAAGGACUAUCACAGUUACAUGCUACAGAUUAGUAAGCAACUCUCUGAGGAGUAUGAAAGGAUUGUCAAUCCUGAGAAGGCCACAGAGGACACUAAACCUGUAAAGAUCAAGGAAGAACCUGUGAGCGACAUCACCUUCCCUGUCAGUGAGGAACUGGAGGCUGACCUUGCUUCUGGAGACCAGUCACUGCCCAUGGGGGUCCUCGGGGCUCAGAGCGAGCGCUUCCCAUCUAACCUGGAGGUUGAGGCUUCGCCACAGGCUUCAAGCACGGAGGUAAAUGCUUCCCCUCUUUGGAAUCUGGCCCAUGUGAAAAUGGAGCCUCAGGAGAGCGAAGAAGGCAACGUCUCUGGGCAUGGCGUGCUGGGCAGCGAUGUCUUCGAGGAGCCCAUGUCCGGGAUGAGUGAAGCUGGGAUCCCCCAGAGCCCUGAUGACUCAGACAGCAGCUAUGGUUCCCACUCCACGGAUAGCCUCAUGGGAUCCUCCCCUGUUUUCAACCAGCGCUGCAAGAAGAGGAUGAGGAAAAUAUAAAAGGAAAAGGGGAGACUUUCUCUCCAGACCUACAAAACCCACCAUAAAACCUUGGUGUAUUCAAAUUUGUUUCCAUAAAAGGUGAUUUGACUCAGUAAACAAGUGGAUUUUCCUGAUUUCAUUGGAGCUGGAUUUAACCAAACAAGUUUGCAUUUUACUUUUACAGCUAGUUUUUGUACUUUUCCACAACCAAGCCACCUUUCACAGACAGUUCAUGAUACUGGGAUGGUAAUCGGGAGACCAAAGCACUGUCCCUGACUGAUGUUUUUACCUUUGCACAACUGAGAAGAAUCAUACGGCUUGGCUCAUAUCGCAGGGAUGUUAUACAGAUUGAGAUUCUUAUCAAACCUCAAAGCUGUGCUUGAAAAGACUCACCAGUAAAUAUAUGCUGAUAUUACA